UUUAACUGGACUUCAUUUCCCAUCAGCCUUGAACCUUCAGAGCCGGAAGUGAGUUCAUAUCGCGCACGUGUGUUGUGAAAAGGCACGGGCUGCAACGAAACUCUCACGAACUGUGAGGUGCUUUACAAAUAUUACACGGAUAUUUCAUCGCAUUUAAGAUGACUGGAGCAAAAGAUCGAAUGAGACAGAAAAAGAUGAAAAAUCAGCCGAGAAAUGUGACGUACAGCGGCACAGGUCGCGGUGUGGAAAGAGGACAAGGGUCACAGGUCGGUGGCUGGGUCAGAGGUCAUCAGGAUGGUGGUCAGGGUUACAGUCAGGAUCUGCCCAAAUACAUCACAGCUUCUCACUUUGCCAACGCUCGUGCAGCUGAAGUCAACGCCAUGCUUAAGGCCGUCAGUAAACCUGCAGGCAGCUGUCACGUAUUCAACGCGCUUCCAAAACACAUGCGCAGAAGAGCAAUGAGCCACAACACCAAGAGACUGCCGAUUCGUCUGCGAGAGGGUGCUCAGAAACUGAUGGAACGCAGUCAACAAACGGCAGAAAAAGAGAAGAAACAGACGCCCAAAUGCAAGAGUCGUAAGGCUCGUCGUCGUCAUGGCAACCUACUUCUGGAGUUUAAUCGCAGACAGAGGAAGAAUAAGUGGCUUGAGACGCAUAUUUGGCAUGCCAAACGUUUCCACAUGCUGAAAAGAUGGAGCUACUGUCUGCCUCACAAACCCACCGCAAAGACCUUUAGAUCCAGUUACAGAGCCAUGAACACGCAUGCCUUACUACAGGAUUUGUCAUAUUUCUGUUGUUUGGAGCUUCAAGGUCCUGAAGAACAAAUACUGAGAGCUCUCGGACGACUCGCCAGCAAACACACAGGUCCCACGUUUGCUGCCGAGUUGUUUCUUUCAGGUGCGCGUCAAGGCAACCUUCACCUCUACAGAGCGGACCAGUUUCCCCAUGGUUCUCUGGGACCGGCUGAGUUCCUGUGGAGGCCCCGGGUUCCUAAUACAUCAGACAGACAGCUGUGGAUCUGGGUCCAUCCAGCCCUUAAACCGGAUGUCCUCUCUGAACUGCUGUUGGUAUGUCAGUGUUCUGACGUCUCGUCGACCUCUGAGGAGAUUUGUACUGUUGAAGAGACACUUACAGGAAGGAAGAGGAAGAGAGACGAUGAAGAUGGCAUUGAUUCUCCCUCUAAAAAGCUUUUGGGCGACGGGAUGCGGGCCGCUGGGACACCUGUGUGUUGGCGGUCCGCUGAUACUGCUAUCACAAUCAGCGACCUCACCAUGGAGAUUGUGCGUUAUCGUCUGAUCGGUCCUCUGGCUCACUUGGUGCUCACAGACACACUUCAGCCAGCCAAUGAGGAUAAAGAGACGGCCGAGCCGUCUGGUUUCUGGUGGUCAAAUUACAGUAAAGAUCAGACUAACAUGAGCGUCCAUCAACAACAGAGAGGCACAUUUCAUCUUCUGAGAGGACUUUGCUCAACUGGAGAGCUUCCAGCAGGCUGUGUGUUGGGACUGACUGUAGAAGACCCAAGACUCACUUUACCUAAGAGAUGUGGUAAACCUGUUCCUGACCUACAGCAGAGCCCAGAUGAUGACCUGGUGAGAGAUUUGGUUCUUAGAGGAGUUGCAGCUCAUUGCAGUGAUAGCGUGUUGUGGGAUGCAUCUGUUAGACACAACGUGACACACAACCGAAUGUCCGAACAGGAGCUCAACAGGAUGAGGAGUGAGAUGUUGGUUCCAGGUUCGAGGCUGAAGGCUCCUCCGCAGGCUCGUGUUCCAGUACUGUUGGUUCAUCAGUCAGGUCGUGUGCAUGGUGAGGAUCGGAGACAUUGGGGAUCUGGCUGGGAUCUCCUGCUUCCGAAGGGCUGGGGCAUGGCAUUCUGGAUCCCUCUGGUAUAUCGCGGCGUUCGUGUUGGUGGCCUGCACAUGAGUGUCAUGCAUUCUCAGUUUAAAGGUCAACCUCAUUUCCCCCACGAUUACCCAGAUUGCCCUGCAGGGACCCUGUUCCAAUCAGAGCAGGAGGCGGAGCUUAUAGACAAGUUUAAAAGGCGUCCUCCAUCGAAGCGGACUAACUACAUUAAACAUGGAUGCCUUGCGCCGUUCCGUUGUCCCUGGCAACAGCUGACGGAGGAGUGGGAGGAGCUUGUAAAGCUGAGCGCAGAGACCACGAGCAGCUGCAGAACCGGACCACCAGAAUUCACAGUACUGAGGAGUCGGACUGCUUUGAGGCAGCUGUCGGCGUGGUGUCGUCCUUGCUCUCGGGGUCGGCAAGCGACCCGUUCGGUGCUAACGCCUGAGGCGGCCGCAGCUCUGCAGAGGGAAUGGGGCCAGAGUCUGAUUUGGGUGCGAUUACGUUUGUUGUGUAAGGGACAGCCAGCUCUACAUGCCACGGUUUGCGUCCCCACAAUCUCUGAUCUUCAGCUUCUGCUUAAAGACAGUCGAAGCGGCGGCGCCCUGGAGCCCCUGCACAAAGACCACAUCAAAAACAUGCUGAAACACAAGACCAGGCCCACGUCUAAAGACUUCACCUCAGAUCUACCCAAGGACGGCAACGAGGGUUUGCCCGUCAGGCUUAUGAGGGGCGUUUGGCCACAGCCUCUGCCCAGCGUGUUGUCUCACUGCAGUCGGCUGACGCUGGGCUGGGUUCAGAAAGGUGAUUUCUCUCUGGCAGCCGGUUGUGGUGAAGCUCUGGCCUUUAUCAGCGUGUCGGGGCUCCUUCACAUGCUGUUGCAGCAGCCGCAGGAGCAGCGGGGCAUAGUUCUCCUGCGAAAUCCCUCAUCCCUGCAAUAUCGUUACGCUCAGAUCAACAUCGAUAUUUAAACAAGAGACUAAGCAUCACGUGACAGAACUGCACUCUUUACGGUCAGUGUGAUAUUCUGAGAUCAAUUAAUAAGUUGCCGUUUUGUGGACUUUGUUAAUUCAGCACCUUGAACUCUUUGAUGUGUAUUGGUGAUGAGUUAUUUAGUUAUCAGGUUUAAGUACUGACCGUUCAUUUACUUUCAGUGUGCAUAUUUUUGAAUUUAAUUUUGAUAAAACUCUUCUGUUUCAGCUAAUGUACAAAUACAUUUUGGUUAAUUAAUAAAUCUUCCAGUAAUGUGUG